AUGGCGUCUUCUUCAACUUCAUCCAAUCAAAAGAGCUAUAAGUAUCACGUGUUCUUAAGCUUUAGAGGAGAAGACACACGUAAGAACUUUGUUGAUCAUCUUUACGCUUCUCUUAAGCAAAAAGGUAUUCACACCUUCAGGGAUAAUGAGGAACUCGAGAAAGGAAAACAGAUCGGUCAGCUCUUUAAAGCCAUUGAAGAGUCGAGGAUUUUAAUCAUCGUUUUCUCCAAAAAAUAUGUGCAUCUUCUUCUUGAGCCCAACGACAUCCGCCAUCAAACUGGGCCAGUUGGAAGUUCAAUCGCCAAACAUAAGACCAACAAACAGAUUAAGGAAUGGGAAAAGGCUCUGGAAGGUGCAGGGAAUCUGGUUGGGUGGGAUCUGAAAAACAUUGCUAAUGGGCAUGAAGCUGAAGCCAUCAAUCAAAUUGUUAAAGAAAUUUCACUGAAGCUACGUUCCAUUCACCUGAGCAAUGAUGACAAUCUGAUAGGCAUGGACCACCGGAUGCGAGAUCUGGAGUUGUCUUUGGGAAUCGGUUUGAACGAUAAAGCGCGUAUGAUAGGGAUCAAGGGUAUGGGAGGCAUUGGGAAGACAACAUUAGCCAGGGCUAUUUUUGAUAAAGUAUCUUCCCAUUUUGAAGGUGGUUCCUUUGUUGAGGACGUAAGGGAACUAUCAAAAAAGAAGGGCGGAAUGGAAAUUUCGAAAAAGGAAGGUUUGCGGUCAUUGCAAGAACGAAUCCUUUCAGGUGUUCUAAAAGAUGAAAACAUGCGUGUGGGGAGUGUUCAUGAUGGGAAAGAACUCAUGAGAAUGAGACUACCCUAUAAAAAAGUUCUUCUUGUUCUAGACGAUGUGGAUGAUGCAGAGCAGCUUGAGGCAUUAGCUGGAGAUUGGUUUAAGGUUGGAAGUAGAAUCAUCAUUACAACAAGAGACGAGAAAGUGCUGCUAGCACAUGGAGUAAAUGUAAAAUGGAUUCAUGAUGUCAGUUUGUUGUCGGAUGAGGAAGCAAUGAGCCUCCUUAGUAGGUAUGCAUUUAAGAGAUAUAUUCCAGAUCAAGGAUAUGAAGAGCUUUCAUCAGAAGUAGUACGUUAUGCUGCUGGUCUUCCCCUGACGAUUAAAGUUUUGGGUUCACAUCUGCGUGGUGAAAAUGAGGUUGUAUGGAGAGACGCACUAAAAAGACUAGAAACAAUUCCAUCUCGGGAAACUCUAGAGGUAUUGGAAAUAAGCUAUAACAGCUUAGAGGAUGAUCACAAGGAAAUGUUCUUAGAUGUUGCAUGCUUCUUGAAGGGGUUUCCUGAAGAAUAUGCAAUUAGAACGCUUGAUAGCUGUGGAUUUCGUGCUACAUAUGGUUUAAGAAUUCUUGAGCAAAGAUCUCUCAUAACAAUUUUAAAUGGUAGAUUGGGCAUGCAUGAUAAGAUAGAAGAAUUGGGCAAGAAUAUUGUUCGGCGAUCGCACCCCCAUGAGCCCAACAAACACAGCCGACUCUGGAUUCGCGAGGAAAUUGAAGAACUAUUUACUGAUGAUUCAGGUGCUGAAGCUUCUACAUGUAUAGGAUUGGGACUGGUGUUGAAGGAACUGAGUCCUGAAAUUAUCAUCAAAAGACUUGGAAACAUGAGCAAACUUAAAUAUCUUAUUCUUAUUGGAGAUGGUGAUGACUGUUUCCCUUGCAACUGGAAGUUUGAUCAAGCAAAACAGUAUUUUCCAAAUUCGUUACAGUAUCUGCAUUGGAAUAAUUACCCUGGUUUGUUUUUACCCCAAACAUUUCGACCAAAUAAUCUUGUUGGGCUUGGAUUGCCAGGAAGCAGAAUCGUGCAACUUUGGGAAAAUGGAGAAAGAAAGGUUCUUAAGAAGCUCAGGUUCCUCGACCUUCGUUUUUCGAAUUUGAGGACCCUUGACCUUGGGAUGACUCCAAAUCUUGAGCAGGUAGUUCUUAAUGGAUGUCAGGAUUUGACAGAAAUUCAUGCGCCAUCUGGAUGUCUAGAAAGGCUUGUGUAUGUAAAUUUAGUUGGUUGUUCAUGGCCUGUAUCUUUUUCGUUAUCCAAACAGUUGGAAUCACUUGUUCUUCUUAGUCUACAUAAGUUAUUUGUGACUGUGGAGUGCUUGGAGGAAUUCCCAAGGGACUCCACAAACAAUCUACCAAUGCUACGACUUGAAUUCCAAUAUUCUAAAGAACAACCCUCCUCAACAACAGGAAUUCAUUCUAAGGGUGUGGUUCUAGAUAUCCAACCUUGCACAAAACUUGAGAGUGUUUCAGGAAGCUUUUUUGGUUUACAACAUCUAAGAGACCUUACAUUCCAUGGAUGUAUUCCGGAGGUGCCCAAUGACCUUGACCAGUUGAAAUGCUUAGAACAGCUUACUUUGUACUCUACACACAUCAAAUGUCUUCCAGAUAGUCUUUGUAUGUUGAAAAAUCUGAACUCUCUCAAACUUAAAGAUUGUCAGCAUCUUCAAGAGUUACCGGAGAAUCUUGAUUGGUUAGAAAAUUUAGAGGAGCUGAGUUUGUCGUCUGCAAGUAUUAGAUGCCUUCCGGAUAGCAUUUGCAUGCUGAUUCAUCUGAAAUCUCUACAACUUGAAUCUUGUAGGUCCCUUGAGAAGUUACCUGAGGAUAUUGGGCAAUUAGAAUGUUUAGAGGAGCUGAACCUGACAGAGUGUACAUCUUUAGGAGAUAUUCCAAACAGCAUCUGUAAGAUGAAAUGUUUGAGAUAUUUCCAUCUCCCCUUUUGUGGUCAAGUUCAGAAAUUGCCAGAGGAAUUUGGAAAUUUAAAGCUUUUAGAAGGGUUAAAUAUAGCUUUUACAGGAAUAUGUCAUCUUCCACACAGCAUUUCUUCAAUGGAUGGUCUGCGUAUUUUGGGAUCCACAUCACUUAUUCAGUCGUAUGCUUUUGCAACCGAGAUAGGGACUUCAGAAUAUGGAACCUUGUGCUACAUAAAAGCAGAAUUAAGGAGCCGGUCCACAAAGAACUAUCUUAAGAGGAGUUUCGCUGACCACAAAGCAACCGACACACGAAGUGCAUGA